AUGGAUAACGGAAUUGAUUCGAUGAUGGUAUCUGCCGUUCAGGCUGAUCAAGAAUUUGAGGCCAGAGCGUUCGAAGAUUUUACCAAAAAAUUAAGGGCAGAUAUUGCCACGGCAUCUAAUAUUACCACUUCAAGUUCAAGUAAGAAUGCUAGCACAUCUAGCAGCAAACAUAACAGUGGUUUAAAUAAAAAUAGUGAGAGUAACGAAUUGUUUGCGUCUCGCGCGCCAGAACCUGUUUACCUUCGAUGGACCAGUCUAAUUGAAGACCAACUCAAUUUCUUUUACUUACAACAGUACAUCAUGGAUAAAUUUAAGCCCCCUUCAAGAUUUCAACUUGCGGAAUAUCUAUCUGUGGUCAUAUCUGGAGACAUUGGUACCAAUUUUUACAGAGAUCGGUGA